GACGCUUUUAUAACUUUCGAUCUUUCAGCACACUUCCUUUAGUCAACACGUUAUCUUCCAAACCAUUGUAAUGAAGUCGUUUGUUUUAAUCGCAACUCUCGCCCUGGCAGUAGCCUCGCCAACCCUUGCUCAAACUCAAGGUGUCUCGACUACGCUGGUCAACCGCUUCAUCCAAAUGGCUACCAUUUGCAUGUCCACCUAUGUUGGAGACCUUUGUCUCUUCCCAGAUGGGCUACCCAAGGUUGCCGAUAUCACCAACACCGCAACUGAUGUCCAUGGUUGGAUCCUCCGGGACGACAGUGCGCAAGAGAUCGUCGUCGUCUUCCGCGGCACAGAAAGCGUUCAAAACUACGAGUCGGACACAAAUUAUACACUGGCGGACUUCGACACAUUUCCCAGCUGCACGGGCUGUCAGGUUCAUGGCGGCUAUUAUUUGCUGUGGGCUUCUAUUUACGAGGACGUUCAACGCCUCAUCCAAGACCAAGCUUCCCUGUAUCCUGACUAUGGGAUUGUUAUUACUGGUCACAGCCUGGGUGGCUCUCUCGCUGCGCUUGCCGCCGCACAAUUUUCCUCCGUUUUUGAUGACCUUACUGUAUACACGAUGGGCGAGCCUCGCACCGGCAACGCAGCAUUCGCCACCUUCAUCGACGAUACCUACCAAACCUCAAGCCCGGCGGCAACGAGAUUCUACCGCUGCACUCAUGCGGAUGACGGCGUCCCACACGACCCACCCUUGAGCGAUGGCUACAUCCACCAUGGCCUUGAGUAUUGGAAUGUUGACCCAACAAGCACAAGUACUACCUUUACCUGUGGUGCAGAGACAACAGAAUGUAAUGGGCAAUACAACACGUCGGGGAUUAAUCUUGCUCACCUCACUUACUUUGGUCAUGCCAUUGUUUUAGGAGCGGUGUGUACUUGAAGCUUUGAGAGAAUAAGAGGGAGCAGCUUCCGAG